AUGCCAUUAGCUAACACCUCUGCAUCUCUUGGAGUCCAAGAGGGCACUCAUCGCAACACGACUGUCCGCGUUUCUGGCGCAAUCAACGGGCUAGAAGAUGCAACAGGCGCCCCACUGUCCACCGCCAACGACUCCUAUACACACAAUCCCGGGAUGUUUUCUCGUAUUGACAACAUUCCUCCAGAGAUCAUGAGAGCCAUUCUACUCUACGCAGCGCAGCGCAUUCGCGGGGAAGAUGCACGCACGCCAACAUAUUCCAUAGCACCGAACUCCACCCAGGUGUGCAGACUGUGGCGCGACAUCGCGAUCUCGACACCUUUUCUAUGGAACUUGAUCAAGCUCGAUUUUAGAGGAGAUAGAGGAAGCUGGACGUUCGAUUCCGCAUCGGAGCAGCUCGCUCGCUCAGGCUCCGCCCCAGUCCGCCUCACGAUCUUCAUCGAGAGCUGUAUGGAUCUCGUGGAUCAAGAACACCAGAAAGUGUUACGUCAUUUUUCCACAAGCUGCAGCGCCAUGGAGGUCAUCUUCUGCGACCACUUUUUCGAAAUACUACAGAUUCAACUGCUGGCGGACGUUUUUCCUCGCCUCAAGAUGUUGACGCUGACGAAGGCGGGCGUCAUUGGGUCAACUCUAGGAUAUUUCGAGGAGUUUCAGUAUCUUUCGCACCUCAGGAUGAAGCUGAUACAUGAUCGUGAGCGCGAUAUCCAGUACUUCAUGAAUAAGCGAUGGUCAUCUCUCAAGUCCCUUAUCAUUGACGAAACACCCGAGUUCUUAAUCACAGAUUCCUUCAACGCAAGUUUCCCGGAACUGGAAUCUCUGUUCGUCCACGCAGACCAUAUUGCGAAUGUUCCCACUUCACCUUUCGGUCAUACCAAUCUUCGAACGCUCGGGAUCUCCGUCUCCAUCCUGGAUCGCGGAGAAUCAGGCACUGGUACCCCCGACGCCGCCAUAUACCGUCUUCUCGAUAAGAUGAACCUUCCUUCGCUGAAGACCCUAGUGAUUUCCGCAACCACCAUAUCUCAUGUAGAUUUUCUGGAAAAGUACGAUGAGAGUCGAGCUCGACCGCUCGACAACAUCGAGCUACUUACAGGACCAGCGUCUGCUUACCCUAGGUUGACGAACAGGAUAUUGGCGUAUACGUUACCGAGAGCAACGCUGCUCCGGAACACGUCUUUCAAUCGUUCGCCUGCUUUCUUGCAUCACUACUCGACGUGGUCUGCGGAGUAUAUCCCCCCUGUCCCCCUCUAA